AUGCAAGCAGACGGCCGUAAGAGUCCAAAUGACAAGGCACUCCUGCCUUGUGCUUUCCAAGAACCAAUGACAGCACCCAAGCACAUGCAAGAUGGCUCAACGGCAGUAGCUGAGCAGUUGGAAACAAUUGAUUUGAGUAAUGACCCCUCUGUCCCAAGACCUAUCUCUGUCAGUGUUCAUUUAACAUGGGAAGAGAAGGAAGCUUUGGUGUCUUUGUUGAAGGAAUUUCGAGACAUGUUUGCUUGGAGUUACGAAGAGAUGCCCGACCUUAAUCCAAAUUUGGUAAGUCAUAUGCUGAAUAUUGAGCUCGGUACAAAACCUGUUGUACAGCCAAGAAGGAAUUUUCAUCCUGAAAUUGACAAGCAAAUCAAGGUGGAAAUUGAAAAGCCGUUAGCUGCUGGAUUCAUCAAGCCAAUCAAACACCCGGCAUGGCUAGCAAAUAUUGUGCCCGUGAAGAAGAAAACUGGGGUAAUUAGAAUAUGCACAGACUACCGUGAUCUCAAUCGAGCCUGCCCAAAAGAUGAGUUCCCACUGCCCAACAUGGAUAUUUUGAUCGAUUCAACCUCGAGUCAAGGCAUGUUGUUGGACGAAUUUAGUGGCUAUCAUCAAAUCAAGAUGUCUCCCAAGGAUGCCGAGAAAACAGCUUUUCGAAAUCCCUACGGAAAUUUCUACUACACGGUCAUGCCGUUCGGUCUCAAGAACGCCGGCGCUACCUACCAACGGGCCAUGACGGCGGUGUUUCAUGAUAUGAUGGGAAAAGAGGUGGAGGACUACGUGGAUGACCUUGUAGUGAAGUCCAAAACUAGAGGAGUUCAUCAAGGAAUUCUGAGGCGGGUGCUGGAAAGGUGCCGGCUGUAUGGGUUAAAAAUGAACCUAAAGAAAUGCGCAUUCGGACUUUCAUCCGGCAAGUUCCUGGGCUUUAAGGUACACCGGCGUGGUAUAGAUGUGGAUUCUGAGAAAAUCAAAACCAUAUGCUCUCUUGCACCACCUAAGAAUCCAAAGGAGUUGAAAAGUUUUAUGGGAAGAUUGUCAUACAUUCGGCGUUUUAUUCCAGGCCUUGCUAUCAUGAUGAGUGUUUUCACUCCUCUACUCAAAAAAGGGAAGCCAUAUAUAUGGAGUCAGGAAUGCCAAGAAGCUUACCAAAGGGUACAACAACUGAUCACCAAGCUACCCACAAUGAGGGCACCUAUUUUGGGACUUCCACUCAAGCUUUACUUGGUUGCCACGAAUGCUGCGGUUGGAGCUUUGCUUGCCCAGGAUGGCCGUGACGGGGAAGAAAGCCCCAUUUAUUAUGUAAGCCGACAACUGAGAGGAGUUGAAGCAAGAUACCCAAAAAUAAAACUCUUAUGCCUUGCUCUUGUCUAUGCUGCGCAGCGCUUGCGACACUACUUCCUUGCUCACAAGCUACAGCUCAUAGUAAAGUCUGACCCCGUAAGAUAUCUGCUCACAAGGCCGGUGUUAUCUGGUCACCUCGCACGUUGGUUGUUACAGCUUUCCGAAUUUGAUAUCAUAUGCACAGCUCUUAAGACCAUCAAGGGACAAGCCGUGAUUGACAUGCUAGCUCUAUUCCCCGAAGUAGAGGAAUCAACUCUUUCCGAGGAAGUCCUAGGAGAAAUGGUUGCUACUGUUACAGAGGAGGAGCCAUGGACCCUCUACUUUGAUGGGUCUUCCAUGACAAAAGGUGGAGGGGCAGGUGUGGUGCUCAUUAAUCCCAAUGGGCAAGCUAUGGCUCUCUCAUUCAAGCUAGACUUUCCAUGCACGAACAAUGCGGCAGAGUACAAAGCUUUUAUUAUGGGAUUGUCCACAGCAAGAGAAAUAUGUGCAGAAAGGGUGAAGAUCAUCGGUGAUUCGAACCUAGUACUAAGUCAGUUGCAAGGAAGCUUUGCUCAAAUUGUGAUAGAGCACAUUCCGGGAGUCACCAAUAGGUACACUGAUGCUUUGGCCAUAUUGGGAUCAAAGCUCUCAUUUGUGCAAGAGGAGCCUAACAUCACCGUAAUAAGGAGAAGCACACCAGUGAUCGAAGCAAUGGCCCAGGAGAACCUGCUGGAAGAGGAUGAUUGGAGAAAGCCACUGAAGAAAAAAUUAGGUGAAGAGAGCAGCAUUAAAGACUUGAAAGAUUAUGUGAUUAUCUUUGGGGAACUCUACAGACGUCUUCCGGGAGGUGUUUUGACCCGGUGCGUUGGGGUGGCGGAAGCAAGAAGGAGGUUGCAAGAGGUACACGAUGCCACUUGCAGCUUGGAACCAGUAAUCAGCCUGUAUCGGCGCUUGCAACGCAAAGGUUAUUAUUGGCCAGAGAUGAAGAAGCAAGCAGUUGAACUACAAUCCAGUUGUCUCACCUAUUCUACGAUACCCUCCACGGAGGAGUCAUUCACUGUUUCAUUUAUAGAAGAUUGGAGGACUCCAUACUUGGCAUUCUUUGUUGGAGGAACUCUGCCGACCAACUCCAAGCUUGCCUACAAGCUCAAAAAGACCGUAAAGAGGUAUUUCGUUGAUGGGUCAACUCUUUACCGGAAAGGAUUUAAUGGUGAGCUGCUAAAAUGCUUGGGAGAAUCGGAGGCACGUCAAGCCAUGCAAGAAACUUCACCGGCAGCUACUAAGCGUUGGAUAUUACUGGCCUACCAUGAAGAAAGAUGCACAUGA